AUGAAAUUCAUCUCCCUUCUCAUUGCCCUCGUCUCCCUACAGGGCAUCGUAGCCGUUCCUGUCGCUUGGGCCGAAGCCGAACCGGCCGAGGUUACCCAGCGGGAUCCCGAAAUCGACGAGACUGACGCUACCGCCUGGAAGUAUACCCCAUGGAAGUACACCCCAUGGAAAUACAGCAAACGCGACGCGGAGAUCAAUGAGGACGACAUCGAGGGUACUGCUUGGAAGUAUACUCCGUGGAAGUACACCCCAUGGAAAUACAGCAAACGCGACGCGGAGAUCGACGAGGACGACAUCGAGGGUACCGCCUGGAAACAUCACCCUCCAUGGAAGUACACCCCCUGGAAAUACGGCAAACGUGAUGUCGAAAUCGAUGAGGACAUCGACGCUACCGCCUGGAGGUAUGCCCCGUGGAAGUAUACACCCUGGAAAUACGGCAAACGCGACGUGGAGGUCGAGGACGAAAUCGACGGUACUGCCUGGAAGUAUAAUCCUCCAUGGAAAUACAACCCCCCAUGGAAGUACGCCAAGCAGGCGGAGGGUGAGGUCGAUGCCGAAGAGGUGCAUCCGGCUUAG